UCUCUCUCUCUCUGUGCUCCUCUGACUUGUUUUGGAUUUUAUUUACAACACGUGGAGCCACGGGGAGAAUUUUAUUUUUAUUUUCCCCUGCUGUCUGUCCAGUUUCUCAACAGUUUGCUGACUUCUUCCACACUGACAGCGACUCCACUUGCAGCUGUACUCCGACCUUCAGAGACCAUGUCCGCGGGAGGCCGCACCACCAAGAGCCGGGCUAUCCCCGCUGUCAGGCGGGUCGCUAUCCACGAUGCAGCGCACAUGCCCGUGGACUAUUCCACGACCCCCGGGGGAACUCUGUUCAGCACCACGCCAGGAGGAACCAGAAUCAUCUACGAAAGGAAGUUCCUCCUGCAGUGUCGGACUUCUCCGUUGGCUCUCACGCCUCCAAAACUACCCGACAUCCCUGGAGUCACCACACCGCUCAGACCCAACCAGUCCGUCCACAAGAAGCAGCCCGAGCGGACGCCCAGCAGUGACGUCUCUGAGCAGAGCCUGGAAACGGAGGACAUGGCAGGAGAUGAUGCCCAGUUCGAAAUGGACAUCUGAUGAGAGUCGUCCACUGGGUUUUUAACAUAGUUACGUGGCGGUGAAAAGACGGGCCUAGUUUUACUAAACUGUUUAAUCUUCUUUCAGAUUUAUUCUGGGGGGGGAAAAACCUUGUUUUUGUUUAUCUUUGUAAAAGCUAAUAUGUGUAAAAAUGUUGUACUCUUAUAAAAAAAAAAAACACUUAAAGUUAAGCAUUAAAAAAUGACUUACAUUCAAGUCACACAAGUCAGCGUUUAUUAACAUUCAUGUCUUAUGUGAUUUAACUCAUUAUGUUCAGUGAUAUACAAAUAAGUUAGUAACAGUUAGAGGCCAAAUCCAGUAUUUUCAUGUGUAAAAUGUAUUACAUUUUAUCUUAAAUUCACUGAAAAUAACCUUUUACUUUUUAGAGUCCAGUGCUCUCAAACUCGUGGCCCGUGGACCCCAUGCGGCCUCCGAAUCAAUGUCAUGUAGCCCGCCACUUCAAUGUCUCUUUUUGAUAUUUAUAAAAUUCUUUUUGCCUCUUUUAUUCUGAAUUUUAUAUCUCAUUCUGUAUCAAAACAAACACUUUUAUUUUGAAAUUGUGCUAAUUUGUUACAGGCAUUCAAUACAAUCAAUAUUUUAGUGAUUUUAGAAAUUGAGUAAGAAGUUAGACUUAUUUUCCCAUGGACUUUAAUUCAAACUGAAUGUUUUUGCAACCAGUAAAGUCGCCCCCUUGUGGCUGUUCGAUAUAAUUUGUUUUUUUUCCUGGUUGCCUGGAAGAAACUGGAAGAUUUUGUGCAUUCAAAAACUUGGCAUUUAAAAUUUGUUCCACACACUGUGGUGUUUAAUUUACUGUUAGAUGCGCUUAUUGGAUCACUGACAACACAUUUUGUCAGUGAGAUGUUGAUAGAACAGAAAUUAUUGAAGUUAGAGACACAGCCAUACUUGACAUACUAAACACUGUCAAAAUAAAAUUAAAAAAAAUCACUGAAAUCUGUUCAAGGUAAGAAAUAAUUUAUUGUAAUACUGUACAUAGUGAACACAUAAAUGGAUCAAUGUGACCCAAACAUCUUAAUAAAGUUAAAGCGCUUGCUUA